GCGCGCCCGACGGAGCAUAAUUUCAAGUUGCCCGCGCGCGGGGGAUGCUGAGGUACCGCCGGCCGACGACCGCGCGGAAGGGCCUGCGCGACGCGACCAACGACAUGAAGCGACCCGCGCCAGGAGGAGGGAAGGAGGAUGAGCCGUCCAAGACCCGGGGCUUCGAGGUCCCGAUGAGCAAGAAGCGGCGGCUCCAGGUGGACGACGCCCCAUCGCGGCCCAUGACUACGGACCGACGACCGCUCCACGACCCGCGCGAUGCUCGAGGUACCAAGCACGGUAUCGAGAUCUACGAAGACCCGCGGGAAGACGUCGUCUCGAGUCGCCCGCCCUCGUCGGAGAACGGCUUGGUCACGAGUCUCUUCCAGAGCGGCCGCGGGAAGAGCGUGCUCCUUCCUGCCAAGAAGAUCCAGGAGUACGAAAUCAAGCUGUCAAAGCCCAGUGAAGACGAAGGCAAGGCCUUGGCGCCCGACACCGAUCAAGCCCAAUCGGCUGACCAUCGACAAUCCACGGCCGACGGCGCGGCGCCAGGAGCGCUCGUGUCCAGUUUGUUCCAGACGGGAAGCGGCCGCGCCGUGCAAGUCUCUGCCGAGAAGCUACGAAGCUACCAAAAGCAGCUCGAGGCCGAAGCUGCGAACGAGGAGACGGCCCGGGACGAGCCAAGUAGCAGCCGAGAAAGCAUCGAACCCGCAGCACCUGCGAUCCCGAGCCUUUUCCAGACAGGACGCGGACGGCAUGUGCAAGUGUCCGCGGACUUGACCGCCAAGUACCGCGCAUCAUUCGAAGCAGCAGCGCCCGAUGCCAGCAACGAGCAGGGGGAAGCACUGCCACCAAUGAAGCGCUCGGUGGCUGCACCAUCGUCCAGCGGCGGCGUCACAAGUUUAUUUUCAACGGCAGCGGGAGCAUCCGUCAAGAUCUCGGCAGCCAAGGUCCAGCAGUACCAAGAAGCGCUGUCUCGUGAAGUGACAGGCACCGACGUGGACUCGGCAACAACUGCCGAGCAACCAAUCGUUCAAUCAUUGUUCGAGACCGGCGCAGGCAAGCACGUGCACGUGUCCGCCGCCGUCGUCCAGCGCUACCAGCAACAGUUUGCCGCGAGCGACGACAAUGAAGUUGCUCCCUCGGCCGCUGCGGACGGCUCCGAGACCGUCGCCAGUUUGUUUCAAACAGGGGCUGGACACAAGGUGCAUGUAUCGGCAGACAAGGUCAAGGCGUACACUAAGGCGUUCCAAGCCGACGCCGCUUCCUCAUCCACUCAUGAUGCCGAUGCAGUCGCACCAGAAGAAGAAAACGCGUUGAGCCUGUUCAGCACCGCCAGUGGUCGCAACGUCACGGUAUCAGCCGAGAAGACCAAGGCGUACGAGCGUCUCUUUGACGCCGACACACCCGCAGACAAUGAUGUGAUGGCACCCAAGGAGGCCCGCGACACGACUCCCAGCUUAUUUGCCACGGGCAGCGGACAGCAAGUCGACGUCUCGCGCCAAAAUGUCCGUGCGUAUGAAGCCAAGCUGCAACGCGACGACUCAGCUUUUGUGGCUCUGCCGACGGAAGAAGCUGGACCGUGGCGUCCUUCUGGAUCGGAUGAAAUGCUGACGACCAAGCCAAACCCGCAGCGUCGCGUAACGUUUGCUCCCGGUGAUAUGCCUCGGGUCGCAGAGAACCCUGUACCUCGCUCAGCUGCAGCGAAGCCGGCGAUGUCAUCUACCAACAACGGUCGUCGGGCCUUCCAACCGCCGCGCCGCAAGUCGAUGCCCGCGCCGUCAGUUGUUGCCCUCGAGCUCGGUGUACCCAAGCCCAAGCCCAAGGAGAUCGUUGUUCAAACCAAGUCCAAGUACAAGGCUCCAAAGAUGACAACAGUCUCAUUUCACGACUUGCAUCCGUCAGCCUCGCCGGCCACGAGCGUAUGUGUCGACGCUAUCACGGCGUCCAACGCCCUUUUGGUCCACUUUGGGCCCCACGGCAACCCAACUCUCGUUCCGUCGUUCGGAGCCUCCUCUGUGCACCUUUUGUACGCAACGAUGGUCUCGAACCAAUUCAUUAAACCAGCACUUGGCGCGACGCUGCCUUGGUUUCUCAACCACUUUCGCUGGAUUGUCUGGAAGUGCGCGAGCAUGGAGCGCACGUUCAGCGCAGACCUGGCGGGGAAAUACCUUACCCUCGAUCAAGUCACGUUUCAGCUCACACGACGCUUUCAGCGUGAACUUGAGCAAAGCCACCGGUCCGUUCUCAGGAAGAUCUACCAGCGCGAUGCGCACUCGGGCAAUGCAAUGGUCCUUCUCGUCGUUGCCACGUACCCGACGCAUUGGGUGCUGAGCGACGGGUGGUACGCCGUCUUUGCAUUGCCGGACGAGUACCUGCUCGGGCGCGGCAACAAGAGCCUCGUCGGCGUCAAAGUCAUUGUCUGGAACGCUAGCUUGAUCAACUGCAACGAAGGAAUUGACCCGCUCGAGUCGUCGAUCCACGAGUCGCUCGACAUGGCGUUCGACCCAAAGGCACACGCCCAUCUCUCAAUCAAUGCCAACAGUACGCGACGGGUUCAUUGGCGACUGCCCCUCGGUUUGGAAGACCGCCGAAAACACCAGCUGCUUCAGAGUCUGCCAUUGGGAUCGCUCAAGCAACGCGGCGGUCUCGUGCGAUCCCUCCGUGCCGUUGUCAUGCGCUCAUCGGGCCUUCUCUACUUGCAGCCAAAAGAUGCAACGGGGCCGCGCGUCCUCACGGAAAAGAUGAUGGAGAAGUUCCCGCAGGCAUUCGAGACGGCGGUGCCGUUCUUGCGCCUCAAGGUCGCAUGCUCACACCCGUCCCAUUCCGCUUCGCGCCAUGCGACGCUAAGCGUGUGGCGGCCGUCCGAAGACGUUCACAUUGUGUGCAAGGAAGGUGCCGAGGUCUUUGUGACGAGCGUGGCUGUGACGUGGAGUGCCGAGAAGAAGGAUGCUGAGCUCAACCUGAGCACGUCCAAACACUCUACGUUCACGCGCAGCACGGCGGACGACCUUGCACUUGUCCACGCCAGAGUGGGGUAUGCGCCGCGAACGUGCAUGUCGAUUGCGGACAUUGGACCGACGUACAUUGGCGACGCCGACGUCUGCGUUUACGUCAUCCGCCUCUCGGAAGACAAGUCGCAUGCGUUUGUGACCGAUACGAGCCUCAAGCUCCUGAGCAUCCGGCUACCCGUGGCACCAACCAAGGCUGUUCUCAAAAUGUGGCAGAAGGGUUCGAUCGUGUGCGUUCGAAAUCUCCUCGUGUCGCACUAUGACGAAGGCCUCGGUCUUCUCGAUUCGGUGCUGACCGACACGGCGGAAGCAACGACGCAGCCGUCCAAGACGUCGUACUUUGCCACCACCUUUGAGCAGCUCAAGCUUUCGAUUGCCAACGGCGUCAACCAGACCCUCAUUCACGCGCUCGACGCGUACAUCCUCUCGUCCAUCUUGCACACCGUUGCGACCCAAGAGGCCAUGAUGACCCAAGACGACACCGGUCUGGACGUCGACAUACCCGACGACGUGAAGGUUGAAGCCAUCGAGGCACAUGACAUGACGAUCGAAGGCCACCCGAUGCAUGUGGAACAGCUUCCAGACUCGGAGGACUAUGGCGCAGUCGUCAGCGUCGACGUCGGCACGCGACUGUACGACGUCUACUUGCCCCGCACCGUGUGCGACCAGGCCACGGACCUCUUUGCACCCAACAUUGGUCUGCUCUUGAUCCGGCUCAAUGUCAGGGUGCAGACAGACGACGUGAGCAGCAAUAGUUGCCGACGCUGGGAGGUUGCGCAUGCGACGAAGCUUGUCGCAGUCUCGGCCAGCAUCGACUCGCCGACCGACCGCAUCCGGGCGUUGCUGGAGGCGCUGCAAAGUUGAGUAACGUAAUCGAAUUGCAGCGUACUACUUGUCUCUCUACA